CCGUUCAAGUGUUUUCUCUUUAUCUUUUCAUUGCAACCACCGCAUUUCAAAUGUACAACAGCAGCAGCAGCAUUCUACGGCGCCGGCUGGCCUUUGGAUCACAACGGGCGGUGCUGACCGCGCGUAGGCAGUUUAGCAGCACGCGGCCAACUCAGCAUACAGCCGACGAUAUGCUUUACAAGUCUGCACAGGCCGCGCCUGAGUUUGAUGUGGUUGUUAUUGGCGGAGCAGCAGCACGCACUGGAGCAAAGACUAUGCUCGUCACGCAGAAGCUGGACACGAUUGGCGAAAUGUCUUGCAACCCGUCGUUCGGCGGGAUCGGGAAAGGAAUCUUGGUGCGCGAGGUUGAUGCGAUGGACGGGCUGUGUGGGCGGACGGCAGAUCUGGGUGGUGUUCAGUUCCGGAUCCUGAACCGAUCCAAGGGUCCUGCCGUGCAUGGUCCGCGUGCACAGGUGGAUCGGGUACUAUACAAGCGGAGCAUGCACGAGACUUUAAAGUCGUACCCUGGACUGACGCUCAAGGCGGGUAGCGUCGCUGAUAUUCUGCUGGAGCGGCCAAAGGAUUUGGAUGAGCAGUCUCUAAAGGUGCUGGCUAGCCAGGAGAGCGCUAAUGCGCAGUCCUCGUCCACUGUGACUGGUGUGCGGCUGGAGUCGGGCGAGAUCAUCCGCACACGCAAGGUCGUGAUCACAACCGGCACGUUCCUGGGGGGCGAAAUCCACAUCGGGCUCAAGGCAUUCCCGGCAGGCCGCAAAGGCGAAGCUGCGUCGAUUGGAUUGUCCAAAUCGCUGAAGGACGCUGGAUUCCGGCUGGGUCGUAUGAAGACUGGUACGCCACCUCGUCUCGAUGGUUCAACCAUCGACUACACACAGAUGCCCCGGCAGCUCGGUGACAUGCCGCCGACGCCAUUUUCCUACAUCCAUACAUCAGUGCCAUAUGCGGAUCAGCAGGUGAUGUGCUACCAGACCCGCACGUCGCCUGAGGCACAUGAGAUCAUCCGCAACAACUUCGACAAGUCAAUCCACAUUCGCGAGACAGUGCGUGGCCCGCGGUACUGCCCGUCGCUAGAGUCUAAGAUCAAGCGAUUCAGUGCCAAGGACUCACAUGUUGUGUGGCUCGAGCCCGAGGGCUUGCCGGAGCACACCAACCUGGUAUACCCAAAUGGAAUUUCCAACACGAUGCCCGAGGAUAUCCAGCUGCAGUUCCUGCGCACCAUGCCUGGGCUUGAGAACGUAGUGAUGACCCAGCCCGGAUAUGGUGUUGAGUACGACCACAUCGACCCGCGUGAGCUCAAGCGCAACCUGGAGACCAAGCGCGUUGACGGCCUAUUUAUGGCGGGCCAGAUUAACGGCACCACUGGCUACGAAGAGGCGGCUGCACAGGGAAUCCUGGCGGGGGCCAAUGCCGGCCUGGCUGCCAAGCACGACCCAUUGCAGGGCGACGUGCCGCAGCUGGUCCUCGAUCGGUCUGACGGCUACCUUGGUGUCUUGAUUGACGAUCUGAUCACACGCGGCGUCGAGGAGCCGUAUCGUGUAUUUACUGCUCGCUCCGAAUACCGCCUCUCAUCGCGUGCUGACAACGCUGAUCUACGGUUGACCCGGCGUGCUGCUGCGCUGGGUCUGGUGCGCGACCCAACCCGACUGGCCACUCUGGAUCGCGUUGAGGCAGAUAUGGAGCACGCACAGAGGCUACUGAAGGCCGUCGUGCUCACACCCAACGCCUGGGAGUCAAAGCUUGGCAGUGGUAUCCAGGUCUGCCGCGACGGUAACCCACGGUCUGCGCUUGAUAUGGUCCGCAUGGGCUUCCUGCGCGAGAAUGUGUGGACUGGGGCACGCGAUCCAGAGAAUAUGCCUGCAAAAUAUAUGGCCAAGCCGAUGGCCGAGGCGGCAGGUCCGAAGCUAGAUGAACUGGUUCCUGGAUGGCGCGAUAUACCGAUCGAAAUUAAGCGCCGUGUCAUGACAGAGGCCAUGUACCAUGGGUAUCUGAAGCAGCAGCGCAUCGAAGUCAAUAUGUUUAAGCGCGACGAGGGCAUGCGGCUACCAACCGACCUUGACUAUUCGCAGAUACGCGUACUGUCGCGGGAGGAGGUCGAUAAACUGACACUGCGCAUUGAUGGGAUUACUCCAGGCGGCCGGAAAGCUAGCCAGGACCAAAAGCAGGAGGCAUCAGCGUGAAUAUACUGGUAUCUGUUGCACUUUUACGAAUGAUAGCUUGACUUUGAAAAUGUUUGACAUUAGAUAUAUAUAUA